AUGAGCCUUCACAGAACAGCAACUGACGCCGUCGACAGUGGAGUCAGCGAUGACCAUUGUGGGGCCGGGUGCCAGUCCAAGUUUGGCAGAUGCACGACAACAUCGUCUUCUUCGACAAAGAUUUCUCCGGAUGGGACAUGCGGAGGCAUCAACGCGUACACCUGCACAGGAGGGUCGUUUGGCAACUGCUGCAGUCAGUGGGGAUACUGUGGUAACUCAGAUGACCAUUGCCUCAACGGCUGCCAGUCCAAGUUCGGAGAUUGCAGCUCGAUCACCGUCGGUGGGAAAUCAGUAAGCCAGGAUGGAACUUGCGGCUGCCAAAGCUCCUUCGGAACCUGUUCUGCGUCGAGUGGUGGUGGCGCCACUACUUCCGCUGCGAAACCCGCGGCAACGGGCAGCAAAACAAGCCCAGAUAAUAGCUGCGGUGGCUCAAACGGAUAUACUUGUCCAUCAGGGACGUGUUGCUCGAAGAACGGAUAUUGUGGCACAUCAAGCGACUUUUGCGGGUUUGGCUGCCAGACAUCGUUUUCUCCUGGAACUUGCUCUGCCUGCCCUGCACCAGCAUGUGCCGGCACGGCAUCAAGCAACCCGACGUGCUCUACUAACAACAAUUAUUGUUUGACAUCGAGCUCCAAGAGAUUCCAAAUUUACUGUGGCAGGCUGGCCUCCGGAGAUUAUCUUGGUUAUGUUGAUGCCACUAGCCUGGGCGAUUGCAUUUCAAAAUGUGCCGCAAAUGCAGCUUGCGUUGCUGCAUCAUUCUACCAGGGCAGUUCCACAUCUUGCAGCUUGCUCAGCACUUAUCAAGGGCCUGCUUCUGGCAACUCUGCUGGCGGUUCCCAGAACCACGCCUACGUCCGACCAUCCGGCUGUAAAUAG